AUGAAAUUAAUAUCAGUAUUAAUUACAUUUUUAUUAGCUACAGUGAUUUAUUCACAAACCAGUCCAGCAACUUUAAAAUUUACUGUUCAAGUUUAUGAUCAAUUCCCAGGUUUUAAUAAUAAUUUUGAACCUGGAUUAGGUAAUGCUAUUACCGGUUUAAUUAAAUCAACUUUAAAUUCAACAUCGCGUGUACCUGAAUUGGUUUCAACAGAAGCUCGUAUUGUUAAAAAUAUUAAUGGUGGGAUUAUAAACCCAUCAUUAUUCCCAUACUUUUUCAGUCCACAACAAGAUUCAAGUUUACCAGGUCAAAAUUCACCAUUAAGUCUUGAUUUAAUUUUCACAUAUGAUACAACUAGAAAAAUUUAUGUUUAUGAUAAUCAAAACUUUUUCCCAAUUGAUAAUCAAGGUUUUGAUGUUGAUCCAGCAAAAAGAAUUUAUUUAAAUGAGAAAAAAACAUAUCAUAAUUAUCAUUUUUGUAUGAAAAUGAAUACUGUUUUUACUUAUAAAGGUUAUGAAGUAUUUAAUUUCCGAGGUGAUGAUGAUGUUUGGGUAUUUAUUAAUAAUAAAUUAGUUAUUGACCUUGGUGGUUUACAUAGUCCAAUUGGUACAAGUGUAGAUACAAUGACUUUAGGUUUAACAAUUGGUAAUUCUUAUAAUUUUGAUCUAUUCUUUUGUGAACGUCAUACUGUUGGUAGCACAAUUAAAAUUGAAACCAAUUUAUUAUUUUAUUGUCCAUUUAAAGAUUAUUGUGGAGUUUGUCAAGGUGAUGGUAGUUCAUGUUGUAAUCCAUUAACAACUUGUAAUGAUAAUAAUCAAUGUACAAUUGAUUCAUGUCCAUCAGCAAAUACAAUUAUUGGUCCAGGUUCAAUCCCUAAUUAUUGUUUUCAUACACCAAAAAUUAAUACAAAUCCAAUUGAUAUUUGUUUCAAUUAUCAAUGUAAUUCAUCAACUGGUAAUUUCGAUCCAAUUCCAAUUCCAUGUCUUGAUAGAAGUUCUGAAUGUUUAUCAACAAUUGGUUGUAAUUCUACUGUUGGUUGUCAAUAUGAAAGUAUUUGUAAUUCAAAUGUUUGUAAUAUUCAAAAUCAAUGCUCAUCAAAUGGUACUUGUGUUCCAAAAUCAUCAAAUGACUGUGGAAUUGAAUUAGAUGGUCAAGUUGAUAAAUGUAAAAUUUAUUCAUGUGAUUCAAAUGGAGGUGUUGGUUGUAUUAAAGAAGAUAAAUGUAAACCAAGUAGUAAUCCAUGUAUUUCAACUCAAUGUAAUGCUACUAACGGUCAAUGUUAUGAAACUCAAAUUCCAGGUGAUAUUUGUGAUUGUGGUUGUGGUAUUCCAGAAAAUAAAUGUAAAGUAUCAUGGUGUACACCAGAAGGUAUUUGUCAACCAAAAUUCAAAUCUGAAAUUGAUGAUAAUAACUCUUGUACAUUAGAUUCAUGCGAUCCAUGUACUGGUAUUAUCUCUCAUAUGACCGCACCACAAUGUUUAAGUUGUAAUCAAUGUUCAAAUUAA